GCAGAGGCUGAGGGGGAUCUGAUGGAGGUUUACAACAUUUAUAGGGGUAGGGGCAACAGAGUAAAAUCUUUUCCCCAUGGUGGGAUGUGUUGGUUUAUUGUCACAAGUACAGUGAAAAACGUAGCUCCGCAAGCCAUCCAUACAAAUCAUUUCAAAACUUUAGUACUUUGAGGUAGUACAAAGAGAAAACAAUAACAGAAUAUAGUGCUUAAAAUUUAGAUUUAAACGAGUAGAACGAUUAUAACAGGUGUAAUGAAUAGAUCUGCUGGGAGCAGCUUGCAGAGUCGCCAUGCUCUGGCACAAGAAGGCAUAGGUUUCAGAUGAGAGAGAGGAGGUUUAGAGGGGAAUUUUUUUUCCCCAGAGGAUGGGUGGAGUCUGGAACGCACUGCCUGAGAUGAUGAUGGAGGCAGAGACUCUCACAACAUUGCAGAUGCAUCUAGACAAGGCAUGGAAGGCUGCAGACGUAAUGCAGGAGCGAUGGCAGAAGGAAGGAUUUAUGCUCUCAGUUUUCUCUCGGUCUGCCUGGUGACCUUCCUUUGGAACAAGUGCAAUGGCCUCUCAGAUCAUGAUCCAGAAUGCACAGCACUUGGCGAGCAUAGUCAUGCACCAUGGCCAGAUCCAACCAUCGCGGCUAUGGACAGGUACAAGGCGGUGUUUGAGCAGAAGUACUACCUGCACAAACUGUUCAACCAGUAUGGAGAAAACGGCACGCUCACAGUUGAGGGAUUGGAGAAGUUGCUGUGUAAUAUUGGGGUUGGAGGUAUCAGGACGAUGGUAACCAAACAUGAGCACGUGGACCAUGUCUCCGAGAAACGCACGGUGUUAGCAGAAGGAACCAUUCGCCACCACUGUUGUCCGGGCUGCCGGCAGAUCCAGUUGAGAAUCGGCUUGCAGACCACUCCCAAAGAGACUGGACCUUUCCCAAAGCAGGCCAAUGUAUCUGGGGUGGACGCCCAGAGCAGCUCAGGCACGCACUCCCACACAGUCGCAUCUGGUGAUAAAUCCGGAGGCAAACUGCAGGCAAGGCCAGCACGCAGCCCUCCAAGUGCAGUCUCCCUGCCAACUGAGCCAUCUGUGGCACUUGAGCUUAAAGCUCAGCUUGCCACAACAGUUGGAUACCCCACCAACACAGCUGGACAGCUGCCACCGGAAUAUUCCACCCACAAGAUUGUUAAAGAGGUCCAGAAAAAUAGUUUACUUGAAGAACAUGUAGAUAAAGAUGUGAACAAAGAAGAGUGCCUGAAUGCAGACAAGUUACUCUCGUCCCAUGGAAUGCUCCCACGUGCGACUUUGAGCGCUGAGCAGUUCAGCUACCUUUGCCCUGCACUCCUGGAUCAGAUCGAAAGCAAGGCAUGCAUCGCACAUGAACCUGGAGAGAAAUAUUCUGGUUAUUCCAUUGGGGCAGCCUGGAUUGGAGGUUUUGUGUCUGUCACAGUCAUCAGUCUGCUGUCGCUGCUGGGUAUCAUCUUCAUGCCCUUAAUGAAUAAGACAUUCUUCAAGUUUCUCUUGACGUUCUUGGUUGCUUUGGCUGUUGGGACACUGAGCGGGGAUGCGUUUUUACAUCUCUUGCCGCAUUCUCAAGGCAUCCAUCACCACAGUGCUGAGCAGCAUGAGCAUCCCGAAGAAGACCAUGAUCAUUUGAAUUAUGUGUGGAAGGGGCUCACUGCCCUUGGUGGACUUUACUUUAUGUUUCUUAUUGAACAUCUGAUAACGUUAAUUAAAUUGUACAAAGGGAAAAGGAAGCAAAAAAAAUCUAACCAUGAUGAACAAGACGUGGAUGUUGAUAGAAAUGUGGAACCCCAGGAAUCGCAACAGUUAUCGAAGGAAGACACCCCAUAUCUAAAGCAAUUUGCAGAAUGUGUGCAGUCCACCGAUCUAGAUGACUCUCUGGUUGAAUCCAAGGAUCAGUCAAACCUUCCCUCUCUGGAUUACAGUCAAAACUCACUGACUCCAGAACAAGAAGUCAUGAUUACCCAUGCCCUUCCAGAAGGAAAUUACAGCACAUAUGUGCCCAGAGGCUGCGAGAACAAGUGCCACUCUCACUUCCAUGACACCAUAGGAAAUGCUGAUGACUCCCAUCAUCACCACCACCGCUACCACCAUAUUCUGCAUCACCACCACCAUCAGAACCACCACCCCCAUAGUCACGGCCACUACUAUUUCCAGGAGGAACUGAAGGAUGCAGGAAUAGCAACACUGGCGUGGAUGGUGAUAAUGGGUGACGGGCUUCACAACUUCAGUGAUGGUUUAGCCAUCGGAGCUGCUUUUACAGGAGGUUUAUCCAGUGGACUGAGUACAUCGGUUGCAGUUUUCUGUCAUGAACUGCCACAUGAGCUGGGUGAUUUUGCUGUGCUGUUGAAGGCUGGAAUGACCAUCAAGCAAGCUAUUCUGUAUAAUGUCCUGUCUGCUUUGUUGGGAUACCUGGGCAUGAUAACAGGCACAGCCAUUGGACAUUAUGCUGAAAAUGUCUCCACUUGGAUUUUUGCAAUUACUGCUGGUUUGUUCUUGUACGUGGCCCUGGUCGAUAUGGUUCCUGAAAUGCUUCAUAGUGAUGCUGGUGACCACGACUACAGUCACGGAGCAUACUUCCUACUGCAGAAUGCAGGAAUGCUCUUGGGAUUUGGCAUCAUGCUGCUUAUUGCUGUGUUUGAGCAUAAAAUCUUAUCAAUUGUGAGACUGUGAAAUAUAUCAGUUGUAUCUUAAACUGUAGGUAUUCAUAAUUACUGGAUUUACACUUAUUUAUUUGUUUUGUGUAUGUUUUUGUGUGGUGGUGAUGUGGAUGUUGAUCUACAGUAACAGCCUUCCAGCUUCUGUCCCAAUCCACCCUCCCUGGUUUGCAACACCCUCCUCUCCAGGCCUAAACUUCUGCUUACACCCAGCUCAUGACUUGACUCAGCUCUUCUUGCAUCACUGCAUGUUCUUGCGUUAGCAGGUAGCUUAACUCUUACUGAGGCCAAACUGAGAUCACAAUCUUGAAGAAAGGAGGAAAGUAGUAAUACGAACUCGCAGCACUGAAAGUGGGUGGGACUAUCUUCUGCUGUUCUCCAGAAUUUCUACUGAAGUCAGUGGAAUCGGAUGAAAUCGGUGAGCACAGUGGAAAGCCUCAACUUUUCACCCUUUAGCUCUGUGACCAAAGCUUUUUUCCCCCACAACUGCUGACCACAGUUGGCUGAGAGAUUUUCCACAUUCUGCAUUUCCAACUGGGCAUUUUGCCCUAGAUUGAAGGUCUCGACCCAAAAUGCUGACUGUCCUGACCCACUGAGUUCCUCCAACUCCUUUGUGUGUUGCUUCAGCCUUUCGCCCCUUCUGCAGGGAUUGAUCUUCGGCUGGGUCACUUUGCUUCAUGCAAUCCACAUUUUAAAUUAAAGCAAACAAUUAGGUAUGAAUCCCCAAAUGUGUGAGAUGUAAAACAAAAUUAGUUAAUAGCUAAAAUAAUCAGGUAAGUGUGGACAUGGGUCACUGAGUGCCGAAUAAAUAGAAAGGGAGAAAAAGCUGCAGUGAAAAAGUUACAGGAGCAGUUUUGUUUUCUAUGCAAUUCUGCAGGCCCUCAGCUUGUUAUUCAGCCAGUUCUUGUCAGCUAUCAACUUUGACAGGUGUUCACUCUCCACUUGUAACCGAGGAUAUAUUUCUUUGGUUGUAACGCUGUGGUUAUCACUCACACAUUCCAAAACUGCCUUUAAACUUUACUAUAGAGAAAUAGUUGACCAAAACCUGCAGGAUUUGUGUUAAAAUUAUUGUUACAAGAUGCAUUGCACCCUCUCUAUACAAAUGUUACACGGCGGAUUUCAGUCGAUGUAUAUUGAUGCUUUUACAGCUAUUUAUAUACAGCUGUUGCUAGAAAUUGCAUUGCACCCUGUAUGUGGGGUUGUUUCUGUUGUUUAGUAAUAAGGUUGUAGACUGUUGUAUUCAAUAAAUGCUGUUACAUUUUAUUGAUAAUAUCCUGGAUUGCAGAUAUAGAUUCUUUUGUGCAUAUUCAGUGUUGUGAACUGUUACAAAAGGGACUGGCUCUGCAGUACCUUUCACCGGCUCGAGACAUUCCAAAGCACUUUACAGCCAAUGAAGUACUUUUGAAGUAACACAGUAAGAUUACACAGUUAGUAAUGUGACAAUGACCAGUCUAUAUGUAAUGAUAUUUUUACAAGCCCUUCAUACAUAGAAAUGUGGCAAUGCAGCUGUUGUGCUGCAGCUAUUGUUAUAACUGGACCUAACAGCUGUAAAAACAGUAUUGUUUAACAUAAUGUUCUGAAAAACAAAGUCUACAUCAUAAUUAUUACAAAUAUUCCUUUGUCAUAUUUGUAAUCUGUAUGCAACACAAAUAUUCACACCCAUACUAUUGCAGUGUUAUUUUCAUUUUAUGUAUGUAAUAGGCAAUUGUCACUGACAAAAGGCAACUAAACUAUUUAUGAAUAAUUUUCAUGUAUUCUUUGACUUAAAAAAAUUUAAGGUAAAUUGAAAGCAAACGUAUGUUACAAAGACAGCACUGUUAUGGUUUUACAUUGAAAUCUUGCUCUCAAGUUUUCCCAUAAGUUGUAGAUUGAAGAAACUACUGUGAGAAAACAAUGAAAAUACUGGGAGUUUGUUUACUAUGUGUGUAUUUAAUAAAGUUGUAGACUGUUGUAUGAAGUAAAUCUUGUAACUUGUGACUAAUAAAGUUCUAGAUGGUC